AAUUCGUACGGUCAGUGUGUAGACCGCCCGCCGCGCGUGCAGUUAAAAUUCAGUCGCACGUUGUUUACAAAAAUAAGUUUACAAAACAUAUUACAUAGCAUAAGGACUUAUAGGAUAAUUAGUGUACUGUGAUGAAGGUGUCUCGUGUUCUGUGGACGCAUAAGUUAAGUUUGAUGUUGCUAUGUGCGUUGGCCGGCCGCGCCACAUGCACAGGGCUCGGCAAGUGCCCCAUCUACCCACAGUUCCCCGAUUAUGACAUAACACGGAUGACGGGCACGUGGUACGAGGUGGAGCGGUCGUUUCACCUGAUGGAGAUCUCUGCGAGCUGCACGGAGCUGCGAGUCGAGCUCAACGACCGACAGCAGCUGCUCAUCACCGUAAACACUCUUAACCGCUGGACGCGCGGGCAGACAACGAGCUACGGGCUAGGCAUCCCGAGCCACAGCGGGUCGUCGGCGUUCCGGUACCGGCUCAACAACCGCAUGCCCUACAUCAUCGGCCGCAUGCUGCCCGGUGCCGGACAGUACCUCGUCCUCGCGACCGACUACACGCAGUUCGCCGUCGUCUGGUCCUGCACCAACUACAGCAUCGCGCACUCCGAUCGCAUCUGGAUCCUGGGCCGGCAGCGCGACAUCGAGGCGGGUCUGCGCGCGCGCAUCUACACCAUCCUCACGCAGUUCAAGCUAGACCCCGACCGCCUCAUACUCGCCAAAAACGACAACUGCACAGCGCCCACAGAAAUAAACACCUAUGACUAUUUUGUGUUUCAGUCGGAAAAAUAG